AUGAAUCGUUGGGAAGGCAAAGUAGCGAUCGUUUCCGGCACGAGCGUCGGGAUCGGUGCCGCGAUCGCGAAAUCUCUUGUUGGUCACGGUGUAAAAGUGGUUGGUCUCGCGAGAAGACGCGAAAAACUCGAGGAGUUGGUCGACGCACUCGGCGAUGAUAAAUUCUAUCCGAUCGUGUGCGAUCUCAGAAAGGAAGAGGACAUCAAGGAAGCAUUCAAAUGGACGGAAGAGGAGCUUGGCGGGGCGGAUAUUUUAAUAAACAACGCUGGUGUCGCCGAUCAAUCGUUAAUCAUUGAGACAUCUACAGAGGAAUAUCAUAAAGUACUAGAUACCAAUGUAAUAGCUCCAGCCAUCUGCGCAAGAGAAUUUUCACAAUCGAUCAGGAAACGCGAUGUACCUGGACAUAUAAUUAACGUUAACAGGUAG